AUGCACACUCCCACGGUCGUUUCAUUUCUUUGUCUCUUUAUGACCGCCAUUGAAGCCAUUGUUAUACCCGCUGCGGAUCAGAUGAGAAUAUUUGUUGAAAAUGUCGAGAAGAUCGAAAAUGUCGUCGCAUAUAUUGGCGUCAGCGGUGUCAACCUUGGCUGUGUGAUAUCCGAUGACAACUUCCCCGCCAAGUCCGAGAUAUCCAGUAACACUGGCAUAGCAAAUUGCUGGAAUUGGAGCGACUCAGUCACAGAUCUUGAAGUUACCUGGGGAGAUUUUGAUUGGAUCAGUCUAUACCGCGGCUCCGACUGUGAUUCCAGCGAAAACAUAACAUACCUGAAGGACCAUGUCGAUGUAGUCGAUGGGCAAUCAUGUCAUUCGACAGAUGUGGUGAGGGGCCGGGAAUUCGUCAAUUCACUUUCUAGUGGCUCAAUACUGUUCGGAAGGGGUAGUGCACCUCUUAGUGAUAUGCUUGUGCUUCCGAAAGCCGCUCCAUCUGUGGACUCUGUCACCAGCAGAUUAGAGAUGUUAAGAAAUGGGGAACUGUAA